AUGGGACAACCAAAGGAAGUUUUAUCUUACCGCCCUGCGGUUAUGCUCUCUGAAAAAAUAUCCAAAAUGCUUUGGAUAAAAAAUUUUUGCUUCGGGGGCCCGGAGUGCUUUUAUAUCGAAAGAAUUGGUGAAAAAAAAAUUGAAAACCCCUUAGUUUUAAGACCCACCAGUGAGUGGUGUUCGGCUUUCCGAGCCGAAAAAAACACCACCCCUUUUUUUCGCAAUACUGAAUUUUUAUGGCAGGAAGGACAUACCUUACACAGUAGCGAAAAAGAAGCCCGCCAAUUGGCCUUAAAUAUUCUCGCCGAUUAUCAAGAUUAUGCUGAAAAUACCCUUUGUUUGGGAGUUAUAGUUGGCAAAAAAACCGCUGGGGAAAGAUUUGCCGGAGCACUGGAAACCUACACCGUAGAAUGUUUAUUACCGGACGGGCAAUGUUUACAGUUUGCCACCAGCCAUUAUUUUGGCGAUAAUUUUUGUCGCUUAAUGGAAGUUAAAUAUCAAAACAACACCAACCAAUUUCAAUUUCCGCACUCUACUUCGUGGGGGACUUCUACUCGGGCUAUCGAAAGCGAAGAAUUAUUUAAUUAUUAUCAAGAAAUAUACAAUUCACUAACUCCCCAUUAUCGUUGUCAGUUAUAUAAUAAAAGUUCUCGCGUUAAUUUAAACGUGCUCCAAGCCGACAAAGAGGGUUGUCCCUUCAAAAUAAUAUUAGGAAAGGAAGAAUUGAAAAAAAAUGAAAUUACCCUUGUCAGAAGAGAUAAUGUGGAGCGAAAAGUUACAAUUAGUUUAGAAAGCAGCGAAGUUGAAAAAAAAACUUUGGUAAUAUACAAAAAUUUUAUUGAGAAAUUGAACGAAAUUCAUGGCGAAAAUGAAAAAGUUCGAAAAGCGUUAGAAAAUAAAAAUGAAAUUCCUAUCGAUUCCUUCCAAAAAGGAGAAAAAGCAGGGAAAAUUAUUGGGGUUAUUAGCAGAGAAAGAGCUGAAUUUCAAAAAACCCUUUAUCAAAAAAGUGUGGAUUAUCGAGAUAAACACAUUUACCAAGUAGAUAACUUUUCCGAACUGGAAAAAAUAAUUCAGAAAAAAGUUGUAGGUUUGUUUUUGAUUCCCUUUUGUAAUACUUUGGACUGCGAAAUAAAAAUAAAAGAAAAGGUGCCUUCAUAUAGUAUUAGGUGUAUCAAAGAGUUAAACCUUUCUGAAAAAGAAAAAAUACUCAGUUCAAAAAAAUGUUUGUUUUGUGAACUGACAGCCGAAAACAUGGUCUAUUUAGGAAGGUCCUAUUAA